AGGGGGGCGGGGAUCGUCAGCCGGUACGUGCAUUUGCGGUGGGUUUCUCGGCCUCCUCGGUUUCCGCUCGCGAAGUUGGGCUUCGAGCAGAUCGCGAGCGCCGAACUGCUCAGCGAAGGAAUUGCGUGCUCUGAGCAACUCGGACGAGGUUUGCAAGUCAGUCAGUGAGUCAGUCAGUCAUGGCCGCUGCCAUAUCUUCGUCGCUGUCCCUAGGGCUGGUUGCGUCUGUCAAUGCUUGCCCGUCCCUCGCUGCCAGAGCCAGCAGCAAAACCGGAGCGCAGCUGAGUUCCGCCCGUCAGUCCCUCGCCGGACUCCGAAUCCAGGCUCCUUCUGUCGAGCGCGUGCAGGUCGCUUCGAUGACUUCCGGCCCCGUCGCCCAAGUUGCCAAGACUUUGACCCAAGAUGAAUUGAAGAAGCUCGCCGCCGACAAGGCCGUAGAGUAUGUCAAGAGCGGAAUGGUGUUGGGUCUGGGAACAGGUUCCACUGCUGCUUUCGCUGUUGCUAAGAUCGGAGAACUUCUCAAGGAAGGGAAACUCACAAACAUCAUCGGAGUUCCAACCUCAAAGAGAACCGCCGAACAGGCAGAGUCUCUCGGUAUCCCCCUUUCCGUACUUGACGACCACCCAAAGAUUGACCUCGCCAUCGAUGGAGCUGACGAGGUCGACCCUGACCUAAACCUUGUGAAGGGCAGAGGAGGAGCUCUUCUGCGUGAGAAGAUGGUGGAGGCAGCCUCUGCUAAGUUCGUUGUAAUCGUAGAUGAGACCAAGCUUGUAGAUGGUUUGGGUGGCAGUGGACUUGCCAUGCCAGUCGAAGUAGUGCAGUUUUGCUGGAAGUACAACGCUGAACGAUUGAAAAACCUUCCAGAAGUUGCUGGAUGCGAGGUGCAAUUGCGUAUGGAUGGCGACAAGCCAUACGUGACGGAUAACUCUAACUACAUCAUCGACCUCUACUUCAAGGACCCGAUCAAGGAUGCUAAUGCGGCAGCGAAGGCCAUCUCAUCCUUGGAAGGAGUAGUGGACCAUGGUCUCUUCCUCAACAUGGCUACCGCUGUCAUUAUUGCUGGAUCUGACGGUGUGAGUGUAAAAUCAAAAGCCGACUUGUAGGUCUCUGGCCACCUCAAAUAGAAAGUUUUGCUUAACCAGUGAGAUGUAGGACAGGAAGAAUCUGAUGUAUAAUAGGGCAUUCAUGUUACAAGCAUAGGCUUGGCAACACUUUAUAUUCAUGGUUAAUCCAAGCUGUGAAGGUGUACUUCACUUCACAUCUAUCUUUCUAUCAAAAUAUGAGGAAGGAGGUAUCCACUGGUACGAUAUCAGACAAUCAUCGUUGCCGGUGGUCAUGGUAUCCACAAUGUGUGGAGCCUUCGUGUUGUACACAACUAUAGAGGGUUUAUGGACGUCCCGUGUAUCACAGAGCAUCCUUCUAGCGACAGAAAGAGCUACGUUCUCUCAGUCCCCUACAACAAGUACGGUCCAGAUGAAAAGCACACCUUGAAGAUAGCAAAGGAUGUUCCCAGCAAAGUUCUUGUCAAAACAUCGAACGAAUACUAUGUUGCCAUCGAGAUGAUUACCAAAAAUAAAAGUGCCUGUCG